CCCUUUCGUUCCACUCUCCAGUGUGAGCACUUCUUGGGGUCAUCCCAUGCUCACCCCCUAAAGGACUGCCUUGUUUCCUAGAGUGAGAUUGAAUGAGCUGGACACAAGUACAGGCUGUAAGGCGGAGUCUUUAUUGAGCAAGGAGGCGACAGCAGCUCCCACUGCACUGCAGGAGAGCUCCCAACACUGCUUGGCUGGAGUUGGUGGUUUUUAAGCAUUCCGGACCAGAGAGCCAUUUAACUGACAUACCUGCCAACUGCUCUAACUUCCCACCAGUGGGCCCGAGUCCUCACAUUCCAAUGAGCUCAACUGCCCACCCACCCACUCAACUGAUACCUCAUAGCAGUUCCUGAAGGAGGAGGCAGUAAGGGCAGGGUGUGAGGAGCCACUGGGGUCCAACGUUUAUGUCAAUUAAUGCAGCAAGCCUGCCCACCGCUGUGGGGCGCUAUCCCUCAGCUGCACCCCAUCACAGCCUCAUCUCUGCUGAGGAACUUACUCAAGGGAAACAGAAACACGGGAAUGCUGAUAGAGACCUUGUGAUCACAACAGCAAAAACAGUUCGGCAAAGCCCAGCUCACCUUCCAGUCGGAGAAAGAAUGGACACCCAGUGGUGUGUGAAAGGAAAACCCAAAUGCCACCUGCUGGUCUUUCUGCUAAGCCUCAUCCUGAUCUUGUUUGGCUAUGGGUUUCUGAGCUUCAGACGCCUGAUGCUGGAAGACAUGGAAGUGAAGCCUAGCAUGGCUGUUAGAGACCCCGAUGGCUGGCAAGUGGUCGCCUUGCCCAGCAUGGCGUAUCCUCAGCCUGAGGCACUGACUCCCUCGAGAAGUGACGUCCUUGUGGUGACCCCCUGGCUGGCUCCCAUCAUCUGGGAUGGGACAUUCAACAUCGACCUCUUGAAUGAGCAGUUCCGGCUGCAGAACAUGACUGUUGGGUUGACUGUGUUUGCCGUGAAGAAGUACAUGGUCUUCCUGAAGAGGUUCCUGGAGUCGGCAGAACAGCAUUUCAUGGUGGGACACCGUGUCACCUACUACGUCUUCACCGACUGGCCGGCCAACGUGUCUCAUGUGCCGCUCGGGGAGGGCCGGCAGCUGGUGGUGCUCUCUGUGAGUAGCCAUGCCCGCUGGCAGGACGUGUCCAUGCACCGUAUGGAGAUGAUCAGCAUCUUCUCUCAGCAGCGCUUCCGCCACGAGGUGGAUUACCUGGUGUGCGCUGAUGUGGACAUGAUCUUCUGGGACCAUGUUGGGGUGGAGAUCCUGACUCCACUCUUUGGUACCCUGCACCCUAGCUUCUACACAGCCCUCCGCAAGGCCUUCACCUACGAGCGUCGGUGGAAGUCCCAGGCGUAUAUUCCCUGGGACAGGGGUGAUUUCUACUACAUUGGAGCCUUCUUUGGGGGAUCAGUGGCCGAGGUACAGCAGCUCGCCAGUGCCUGUCACCAGGCCAUUGUGAUUGACAAGGCCAAUGGCAUUGAGGCCGUGUGGCAUGUUGAGAGCCAUCUGAACAAGUACCUACUGCACCACAAGCCCACCAAGGUGCUGUCCCCAGAGUACCUGUGGGGUGAUUGGCUACUGGACUGGCCCUCCGUCUUAAAGAAACUGAGGCUUCUGACUGUGCCCAAGGAUAAUCAGAAAAUCCGAAACCCAUGAGGGCCUUAUAGAGGAUGAGGUUUGGGGCUGUUCUGUGCUCGAAGUGGUUCUGGGAGGAAGGGCACUGUGAUUCCACUUCUUCCCACUGUAGAAAGGCUCCUGAAGCUGAGCUGCUCAGCUGAAGUGCAGGCUGUCCCUGCCGUCUGUCAUCACUAGCAGAUCCUCACACAGACACAGGCAGUCAUGCUCAUAGACGGUAGACACAAGUACGCAAAUGUGCACACCGAUACACGGCCCCAGUCGCUUCCUCCAGCACUUGCUCCAUAGUGGCCACUAUUAGAACCUUCUGCCAGGAGUGACCUGGGCCCUUCCCCUGGGUGAGAUCAGUCUCAGACUUCCUGACCAAGGCCCUAGCGUGGACCUUUAUCAUCUCGUGGAUAGUUUUGGUGUGGUUAAAAGCAUGGCUCAUGGGGAUAGUUGCCAUCUGUAGUACUGGUAUCCUAUGUGACUGCCAAUUGCAGUCCCAGCAGCAUCACUUCUGACCUGGCUUCCUGCUAAAGCACCUGGGAAAGCAGUGGAAGAGGGUCAAGUGUCUCAACACCUGCUGCCCACCCACAAGGGAGUUUGGGGUCCAGAUCUUGUCUCCUGACUUUGGCCUGGCCCUGUUUGUCCUGGCUAUCUGGAGCAUGAACCAGCAGAUGGAAGAUCUCUACCUUAUUCGCUCUCUCAGAAACUUCUGUUCAAAUAAAUAAAUCUAUAAAUAUCCUAAUUGUCAAAGCCAGCCAGAUUUUGUCCUGUCUCAUCUCCUAAGAAUUGUAUCAUUUCGUAGUUAUUGUUUAAUUCUGUGAUCCUUUUAGUUUGUUUUGUAGAA